UUAUCUUCAGAUAAGGCAUCAGUACUAACAAUAUGCGACACAGAUAUUUGGAAUGAGAGAAAGAUGGAGAAGAUGGCAAAAGCAACCAAUUUCUUGUCACCCAGAAAUAUAAACAACCCCCCAAUCUGCUCCCCUUACUCCUACCCUUCUCCUCCUCCUCCUCCUCUAUCUAAAACCCUCAAUAUCCCUUCAAGAACCUCUACCAUCAAAGCAGCUGCUUCCAGGAAAAAUGGUGUCUCCCAGAUUACACGUAAAAGUCCAAAGGCCUCACGCCGUCUGAUUAGCAUCUCAACAUCAGACUGUAGUAAAUGGAAUGGAAAAUGGACCCUUGAUUACAUUUUCACAUUGAAAGAGCUGAAGUUGGCCGAUCUUGCCGAGGAUGGACAAAAAGAUGCAGAGGUCUCCAUUGCCCUCAACAUUGUGAAGCCUUUGUUCCAGCAUGCCAGUUUUGGCUUUUCAGUAGAUGGAAGGAUCAUCACAUCUUUCACUAGAAAAUGUCUCAACUGCUCUUCCCCGUUCUGUAGAAAGAUAGACACCACAUUCGAUGUUUGGGUUCUUCCAUCAAGUAGGCGCAACCUUUCUAUGAAAUCACCCGAAAUCGGUGGUGACGAUCCAUCAGUCAUCUAUGUGAAACCAGGAUGUGAAGCAGACCUUGAUUCUCUGGUCCAGGACACAAUUCGGCUUAACACCUCAGUGAAGGAAACUUGCUCGGAAACAUGCGAGAAAUCCGAAUUGAGAUGGCAGUCUACUAGUGGCAAAGAUUCUUCUAUUGAUGGAAGGUGGUCGAGACUACUAGAGCUAAAGAAUGUAAUCUAAAAUAUCAACAUCUACUACAGUAAUUACCUGUGAACUCACAUUGGAAUUACAACUUUAUUAUUUCAAAAUUUCAAGUUUUGGUGAUUUUGGUUGUAUAUAUAGAUCAUAGCUUCUCUUGUUGUUCAAUAAAAAUUUGGUUUCUUAGUCA